GUUAAAAAAUAAGUUUGUAAUAUAAUUAAAGCGAUAAUAAAAUAAAAUUAAAAAUUUUGAAAUAAUUUUCAGUUGUUUCAAUUAUUUUGUGUUGCUGCAGUUGUUGAUUGGAACAAUGAAAGAUCUUCAUAAGUUCUACCCUGAAAGCAUACCCUAUUUUCGCAUUUCAGAGUUUAAAAAAUUGCCCCUUAAUAAGGCGCUGAUAUACUUUUGCAAGGCAUUGCAAGGCCUUGGGGACACAUCAAAGAUGAGCGAUGAGUGGAUAAACAAAUAUAAGUACGAUAUACAUGAUAAUGACAACUGCAAAAAUGUCGAUAAACUCGUUGAAAUUGCUGUGGCUACACUCAAUGGAUUGAUUAAGAUAGCAAAGGAGAAAUUCGAUAUGAUGGAUGAAGAUGAUGAGAACAAAGAGUUCGGUCCGAAGGCUAAAACGUUUGGAAAGGUUUUGAAGGAAUCGUAUUCGGAGUAUGGCUCGAGUAGCCCUUCUCCGGUGACACCAACUUCUGUCCUGCCUGAAUUGAUGAAUGGUUCGCCGAAAUCCUCUUAUUCGUCAACACUUUUGUUGCCUCUUCGGGUUCAAGCGGUUGGGAAAUCGAAUCCUGUAGAUGUGAAGCGGCUCGGGUCAGAUAUGCUUCCGAAGGUUCAAGUCCAUGUUCAGAACUCAUUGAACCAAAAGAAGGUUGCUGCUGUUGAGAAACAGAAGAAAGACGCAAAGGGCAAUUCCCCAGUGAGAAAAACAUCAGAGGUUCCCCAUUUGAAUUCAAGCAAUGCUUCCGGUGAUAGAGCAAAGAGCUCACUGAAUGUAUUGCCAUCAUCGCCUUCAGGGAGGCUACAUUCCGAGUUGUUGAAAGAUAAAGUAGGUGCUGAAAAAUCAACAUUGCCAUCACCAUCACCACUAUCAGCAUCCCUAUUUCCGUCACCGUCACUGUCAGCAUCACCAUUACCAUCACCAUCAGCAUCACAAUUGUCAUCACCACUAUCAACAUCGCUAUUGCCAUCACCGUCACCAUCAGCAUCACAAUUGUCAUCACCACUAUCAACAUCCCUAUUGCCAUCACCGUCACCUUCAGCAUCACCAUUGCCAUCACCAUCAGCGUCACAAUUGCCAUCACCGUCACCACUAUCAGAAACAUCAUCUGCAGAAGUGUUACUGCCAUCCCCGCAAUCACAGCGAGUAAAGAUGUCAAUGGAUAUGGAGACGGACAUAAGAUUACUUCCACCACCACCGAAACCGUCGGCUGAAGUUUUAUUGGCACCCCUGCCAUCCCUGCCAACAAAGCUGUCAACAGAUAAGGCAGUAGAUAUAAGAGCAUUUGCACCAUCGGCUCCACCGACAGCAGCAUCAGCACUAGCACCACCAUUGUUGCAACAAAAUGUAGUAUCGGGAGGACCGCCAUUGCCUUCGCCCCCAAUGUUGCAACGAAAUGUAGAAGCGGUACAAGCAACAAAAGUAGCAACAGAGUCACAGUUGCCUUCACCACUUUCAAUGCUAACAAAUAUAACAGUGGCUGGAAUACCAUUACCACGUCCGCCCUCACCUCCACCUCCGGUCUCAUCGAAGCCAAAUGUAGUGGCUAUAGGAGCACCCCUUCCACCACCACCUCCAGUCCUAUUGCAGUCAAAAGUAGUGGCAACCGGAGCACCACUUCCACCACCACCACCUCCUCCUCCUGGAACAGUAUCAACAAUGCCACCACCCCAACCACCGAUGAUCCUUUCACAGGGAUCGGGACCAUUGCUGCCGCCACCGCCAUCACCCCCCAUGUCAAACGGAGGAGCUGCUCCACCACCUCCUCCACAUGGUGCGGCAAAAUCCUUGCGCCCCAAGAAAGCAAAUACUAAAUUGAAGAGAUCAAGCCAUAUAGGUAACCUAUAUCGGGUUUGGAAGGGCAAAAUCGAAGAAUGUCCCAUGCAAGGCAAGUCACCUAGUGGUACAAAAACUGGGGUUGGAACCAUCAUCAUCAAUGGCAAACAAGGCAUAUCUGAUGCAUUAGCAGAGAUGAACAAGAGAUCGGAUUAUUUCCCACAAAUCGAAGAAGACGUCGACAAGCAUGCUAAAUCAAUCACAGAACUCAAAACUGCUGUCAACGCAUUCAAUACAAAGGACAUGACAAAGCUGCUCAAGUUCCACAAACAUGUAGAAUCCAUUCUUGAGAACUUUACAGAUGAAACUCAGGUUCUAACAAGGUUUGAAGGGCUCCCAACAAAAAAGUUGGAAGCAUUAAGGACAGCUUCAGGACUUUAUUUGAAAUUAGAAUCAAUGGUCACUGUGCUACAAAACUGGAAGAUUGAGCCUCCUUUGGCUGAGCUUCUUAACAAGGUUGAUCGUUACUUCAACAAGGAUUUAAUUCUAUCGAAAGGAGGCCAGACUCACAAGGGAAGAAUCCGUCGAGGACCGAAGGACCCAUCACAAGUUCGAUAUUGGGUCGGGGAUGUCUAUGCUCGGUUUUAUCCUUGAGUUUUGUUUUUCAGCUCUGCUAAGAGCCCAAGCAGGUUCAGAGAGUUAGAUCAAGUGGUACCCCUACCCACAAAUGCCUUAAAAGUCCAUGUGUUCAUAUCCCAUCAAGAACAAAUGUAUAUAUUUUUGUUGGUGGGUAAGGGUGUUGAUGCUCUGUGAACGUGCCACCUUCUUGUGCUCUUAGCAGAGUAACUUCGUGAACUCAUUCGGGCCCUCUGCAAUGUUGGAAGACAAAAUUUAGGAUAAAACUAAGGAUAAACGUUUUAGGCCCAAUAGCAAACUUGUUGAGGGGUUUGUUGACCCUUGAUGGAUGACAUUUUGCAGACUUCUCCUUUAGUGACACUGACCUUCCUUCAACAAGUCCUAAUACUUAAGUAUUGGCAUGACUUAACAUAUAUUUUUUUAAUAAUAUCAUUAAUUAGUCAAA